AUGCUGACAAGUGUUCAGGCAAAUACGAAUCAUAGUGAAAAGAAGAGCAAGAUAUCUCGUGAUAGAGAACGAGAUGUUGGUGAACAAAUCGCGCUCGGACAGUCAAAAGUUCCUUCAAGUGGUGAAAGGAUCGCAUUAUUUGAUCAACGCCUGUUUGACCAGGUACUUCACUCCGCUUGA